AUGGCAUUGUAUAUAAAAAAUGUAUUUAAAAGUCAACAAAAAAAAAUCAUUGCCAGGUAUAUAUGGAUGUCUAAAUUAACUGCCAAUUGCCUACCACCGUUAGCGACAACAUUAACUCAACCUUAUAUAGACCUGGAAAAAAAAUUUGAAGAAAUAUCUAAGCUUAAACAAAAUGUGGAUAGAAGAAAAUUAGAAAUAGAUCCUUUGAAACUCAAAUCGUUGUGGGAUUUUUUAAAAUAUUUGGAAUUAACAAAAUUACAAUUAGAAAAAAGAAAGACUCAGAUAGCUGAUAAUAUAAAGGAUCUGAAAAAGAUUGGGAAUGAUGGUGAAGCGAAGCAAGAAAUGGAAAAAUUGAAAAUAGAAGGUAGAAUAGUAAGAGAAGAUUUGAAAACUCUAAUGAAAGCUUUUUGGGAAGUCGAAGAAAAAGUCAUUAUGAAAGGUUUAUCACUGCCUAAUGAAUUGCAUAAGGAUACUCCUGAUGGAGAAGACAAAAUAGUGCACCAGUAUAAGGACAGGCCAAUAAUCAAUCAAAAAUACAGUCAUUUAGAUAUUGGUCAAAAGCAAAACCUGAUCGAUUAUAGGGAUCCCUCAUUAUGCUACCUUAAAAGUGAGGCUGCACUUUUCGAAUUGGCAACGAGUUCUUACUUUUCGGAAGGUCUUAAGGCAGAUGAAUAUAUACCAUUUUCAAAUCCUGAUUUUGUUAGGAGUUUAGUUGUGGAAGGAUGCGGAGCCGAUCAUUCAGAUCCCAAUUCAAUUUUUACAGUUUUAUUACCGAAUGAAAAAGUACAACCGAAUUAUAGAUUGCAUUUAGUCGGGGGUGCUUCCAUUUAUCCAUUUUGUGCUUUUCACACGAAAUACACAAUAGGUUUCUCAUCUUUACCCUUGAAGUAUUUUACUGUCGGACGACAGUAUAAGCCCACACUUCAAGAGCAAGAUGAUGAAUCAUCAUCAGGAUUGUUCAACCUUUGGCAAAGAACUUGCGUCGAUAUGUUUGCACUCACUGCGGACAAUUAUAACGAAAUGAUGUCAAUUUUCGGGAAAACAUUAAAUAUCGUUAUUAAUCUGUACGAACAAUUGGGACAUCAUUUUAGAGUUGUUUACGUCAACGCUUCUUCCCUAGAGUGCUGGGAAUGUUUAAGGGCUAGCAUUCAAAUGUAUUCUUGUCACGAGCAAAAAUAUAUAGAAGUGGGAAAUAUUUCAAUAAGUGACAAAUACAUUUGUCAAAGACUCUUGAUGUCUUAUCAAAUGGCCGAUAAAGACGAUAAGAGUAGGUUUAUGAAAUUGGUAUCUGGAACUAUCGUGGAUGUACCAAAACUCUUGGGUUGCUUGAUAGAAGAGCAAGAAGACGAAGAUAAAAAAUUUCCUAUUCCAGAUUUUUUAGUAAUUUAA